CAAAAACACCAAACACUCCAUUCUGUCACGUGAAUUCGAAGGAGCUUGGAAAAUUUUUCCAAAUUCUCUCGCAAAAGGGUGAUUUUUGUGUGGAAAGUGAUCAGGAAAAUCAAUCAAGAUGACUGAGAAUAUGGCUGAUUUGAUGGUGUCGCUGCACGAUGACAAAAUCGACAUGAUUGCAGCCACGAGUGUCCUCCAGCAGCAGGCAGGAGACAUCCGCCAGACGAAAAUCAACUGGCAGAGCUACAUGCAGUCCCAGAUGAUCUCCAGCGAGGAUUAUAACUGUGUCAGUGCUUUGGAUGGGGACAAGAAAAAUUCCUACUUGCAGCAGAAUCAAGCUCAAUCUGCCAAGACACUGCUCAAUCUGCUGUCGCAUGUCUCCAAGGACCAAACCAUUCAGUAUAUCCUCGUGAUGAUUGACGAUCUGCUGCAGGAGGAUCGCACUCGUGUUGAGAUCUUCCAUGAUUACGCCACGAAGCGCAAGGAGAGUGUCUGGGGACCAUUCCUCAAUCUCCUGAAUCGUCAGGAUGGCUUCAUUGUCAACAUGUCUUCGAGGAUUCUGGCCAAAUUGGCAUGCUGGGGCCACGAACAGAUGCCCAAAUCUGACCUCAAUUUCUACCUGCAGUGGCUCAAAGAUCAGCUCACUGUCAAUGCUAAAGCUUAUCACCAAGAGCUUGUUGAGGCGGAUGCAAAACGCAACGCCCUGGCCAAUCAGCACGGCAACCACCAUCACCAUGGCCACCAGCCCGUCUACGAGUCCUACAAAGAAGUGUCCAGUUGCGUCGAUGAUCAGGCCUCGACGACAUCCUCCUCGUUAAAGUCACUUCCUAUUCCGAGCAACGAGUACAUCCAGUCAGUGGGACGAUGCCUCCAGAUGAUGCUCAGAGUGGAUGAGUAUCGUUUUGCUUUUGUCUCUGUCGACGGAAUUAGCACAAUUGUGAGCAUUCUGUCGUCCCGGGUUAAUUUCCAAGUGCAAUACCAAUUGGUCUUCUGCCUCUGGGUGUUGACAUUCAAUCCUCUGCUGGCUGAGAAGAUGAAUAAAUUCAAUAUCAUCCCCAUUUUGGCUGACAUUCUCAAUGAUUGUGCCAAGGAGAAGGUUACCAGGAUUAUUUUGGCAGUGUUCAGGAAUUUGAUUGAGAAACCUGAAGAUAGUCAAGUGUCCAAGGAACAUUGCAUUGCCAUGGUACAGUGCAAAGUUCUGAAACAGCUGUCGAUUCUCGAACAGCGUCGUUUUGAUGAUGAAGACAUUUCGUCGGAUGUUGAGUUUCUCACGGAAAAACUGCAGAAUUCUGUGCAGGAUCUCAGUUCAUUCGAUGAGUAUUCCACUGAGAUCAAGAGUGGACGCUUGGAAUGGUCUCCGGUGCACAAAUCGGCAAAAUUUUGGCGAGAAAAUGCUCAGCGUCUCAACGAAAAGAACUACGAAUUACUCCGUAUUCUUGUGCACCUCCUGGAGACAGUCAAGGAUCCUCUGGUACUCUCCGUGGCCAGUUUCGAUAUUGGCGAGUACGUGAGACACUAUCCAAGGGGAAAACGAGUGAUUGAACAGCUUGGCGGAAAGCAAUUGGUGAUGCAAUUGCUGAGCCAUGAAGAUCCCAAUGUGAGGUACGAAGCCCUCCUGGCUGUACAGAAGCUCAUGGUACACAAUUGGGAGUACUUGGGUAAGCAAUUGGAGAAGGACAAGGAGGGUGCAUCUGCUGCCAAGCCCGGAGCUGCCCCAAUCAGUGGAAAAGCCUAAAAAAGAAAAAAAAAUAAUCCCCAUGUAGUUGUUUCGCAGCAAUUGGAAUCCUCUUUAGCCGACAGAAUAAACAUUCCUCAAAAUAUGAUUUCAAUUGAUCCGAAAAAAAAAAUAUUGUUGAUAGUUUUGUUUUAUUGCAACAACAUCAAGUAUUGUUAGAUGUGAGAGAGAUCGAGAGUUGAUUUUCUCAAUCUUAUUGUGUAAAUAUCAUUUGAAAUUUGAAUUGUAAUUUUAGCUGUGUCAUUAGGUGGCUUGUUGACUAAAAAAUAAAAACAAAUGAUAUAAUUAUUGUAAAAUUACUGUAAAAAUGAGAAAAAUUAUUAAAAUCGAUAUCACGGAA